CGUCGUUUAGGAAGCAACUCCGUUGGGUUAGAAGUCUUGCCGUCGUCGCCAUGGGCGGCUCCUUUGGUCGACACUUUUGGACACCUUCAGCUUGGACGUGAGAAACCAUGAUAUGGGCACAUGUGCAGAAGGGCACGAUCGCCACCAACUACACCCCAGACAUGAUCAAAUGGGAGGACGCACCACUGUCCAGCCCAAAUACUCCGGCACGCCGGCAACAGGCCCUGAUGCCGACACCAACCCCACGGCGCUCGAAGACUGCGGAGUCGCCGAAGCCUCGCCGGCUUCAGCAGCAUGCGAUCUCUCCUGCAAGAUUGGGGCAUAGCAUCCAUAUCGACAAGACCGGCUUCCCUGAUACGGAUCGAAGCUCGACGAGGCGUGGAGAUCUCAGCCCUGAGUUGGGUUGGUGGAGCUUUACAGCCACGGGCCCAAAGAAGUCAGAGCGCCCCGUGAGCAGCGAAGUCUCCGCGCGGACCCGGCAUCGCCUUGAGAGGAGUGAUGGUUGGCGAGGUGCGAUGACGGCCGGUGAGCACAGCUGGCGUCGAACGCAGGAGCUGCGAUCGCCAGGUUCUGACGACUCCAUGAAUGCACCUCGUGAUUCUACGCUCCAUACCCACGCAGCCUUACAAACGCAGGCCUUCGUAAAGUCCUUCAUGGCUUUGACUGAGAAGAGGGUCUCUGCCAAGGAAGAGGUCAAGGUGGAAAAGGAGAGCAGUCCAGAAAGAUCGCCUGUCGUUGUCCAUAUGCCCAUCACUCAGGCGAAGCUCGCGAAGACUCUGGAACGCCUCUCGGCACCCCAGAACAAGCGUCGUGGUCGAACACGGCAACAUGUCCAAGACACACGACCAGAGCAGUCGCCAGAAGAAAUCCAGCUGGAGAUCCAGAAGAAAAAGCUGAAGGAGCAUACUAUUCGCCGUGUCAUUGCCGGCGAUGGGUACCAGGAAUACGAAGGAGACAGUCGCUUGCCGGCAGAUCGGCAGUCGACCUAUGCCGUGGAUGAGCUUCAUGGCCGGGAGCUCACCAGCGCUGAGCAGCGCAGCAUCAUGGGGGUCUUUCGAGAGAUGGUGAAGAGCUCGGGUGUGGCUGAACGUGCAGAGCAGAGAGGGAAGGAAGGCCGUGAUGCUUCAAAGCCGGAGGAGGAAAUGAGGGGCACUUCGGGUGCAAUGAUCUCCUGGAGCGAGGUUGCCAAAAGCCUUCGUGGUCGCCUUUCCAAUGCCCAUGUGCAGCGCUUGGGCGUGUAUUUUGGUCUUAAGGCUUUGAAAGGGAAGAUCCGGUACAAGCUGUACGAGGAGCGAAUUGGCUUGCUGGUCACGGCCACACCGGAGAAGCGUUUGCGCAUCGCCUUUGGCCUCCUGGACGUGGGCGGCGACGGCGUCCUGGGGCGCCGGGAUGUCUUCGCAGCCCUGGCGGCCACCACCUUCGAGGAUGCUGGCUACAGUGAUCCUGUGACGGUGGUUUUCAAUGCUCCGGGCGCUUAUGGCAUUCACUUCGCUGACUCGGACACGCCGAGACUCCUGGUCUUGGAGGUGGUCGCAGAAAGCCCCGCAGAGAAACAGGGCGUCAGGCCUGGCAGCCGGCUCGCGAAGAUCAAUGGCAUGAGUGUGGACAAGCUGACACCCCAUGAGGUGCGUGCGUUGUUGAUGAAUCCUGCGAGACCUAUGUCGAUGACUUUCCACAACAGACCGCAGGACUUAGCUGCCAGUCCAAAGGCUCCAACAGCUCCCAGCAGCCAUCCACAGGCUCAGAUUUGUCGGCACAAUGUGGGGGGCGCACCCCCAGUGGCUGGGCGCAUCAUCACACGAGUCCUGCAAGAAGACUUGCAGCGCGAGGUUCAGGAGCCUCCUGACUCGGUGUCAGGCAUUUUCGAUCCCAGAGACUUGAAGCGGCUGCUGGAUGCCUUAAGAACGGAUUUUGUGACGCGGCGAGUGAAGAUCCUGGUAGCAAACGGCAAGAACCUGAAGAGCCCAGAUCAGCACUUCUCCAAUUCCAAUCCCUACUGCCAAGUUGAAGUGGAAGGCAAGCCAAGAACAAGAUGGCAGACCAAAGCUUUGCCCGAAAGUCUGGAUCCUGAGUGGAAGGAAGAGCGCGAGAUUGCCGACUUUGCCAUCGGAGAGAAGUUGAAGUUCACUGUGAGAGACAAAGACUUUGGCACAAAGGAAGAUGACAUUCUUGGGAUUGCAAUGCUGCCAAGUAGCCGCUUCCAGACUUCUGUCUUCGAUGGUGAGCUGCCUCUUUACCAAGAUGAGAACAUGAAGCAAAAGACCAACUCUUUCUUGACGGUACGGGUGGUGCUUAGUGGGGAAGGGGGCAUCGGCUUGACUGACUUUGAGAAGGUCUUCCACGACGGCGAGCCUUCCUUCCUUCAGCAGCUCCAAGAGGUGAUGACCGGAUGCGUCCAGAAGCGCAAUGAGAACUUGAUCCAUCCUGUGAAGCUGCAGGUCUUAUUCAUAAGUGCCACGGGUCUCCGCAAUGCAGACGCAGUGGCGUACUCAACCUGUGAGAUCCACAACAAAGCGAAAUACGAUCGGAUUCGGCCAAAGACUGUCUCGGAGUCUUUGGAUCUCGUGGCAAUUGGAAGCGAGAAACCGCAGAUUGUGGAUUACAUGCCUGGUGAGGCGCUUCGCUUUGCUGUUUAUGAUGGGCCCAAGGCUGAAAAUGUGGAGCUUUUGGGAAGCUGCGUUUUCGAAUGCACGCGCUUUUGGCCUGCUGGCUUUGAGGGAACUCUGCAGUUGACUGAAGAGCAGACUCGCCGCGAGAAAAAGUACAAUGUGAUUCUCAAAAUCAAGGUGGCUACGCCUGAAAGCGCCCUACCGCACCAGUUUGCGGCGGCCGCCAAGGAGCAAAGCACCAAUGGCAACGGCGGCUUUGAGCGCUUUGAGGCCGAAAUGCUCAAGCUGCGAGAAAGAAUGCCCUUCCUCACUGAAGCAGACUUUACUUGGCACUACCGGGUCUUCGAGGCCUUCCGAGAUGAGGACUGGCUCAUUCAGCGCUCGCGACUGAUCACUUCGGCAGACAAGAUCUUUGGCAUUCCGGUGGGGCACAUUGCAGGACGACUCUUCGAGUGUGUAUCACCAAGGCAUCAGCCAGUGGGUGUUUUAGAUUGGGCGCAGUUCUUGCAGCGACAUCGUGGUCCAUCCUGGGAUGCGAAGCAGGAGCGGAUUCACUUGACCUUUUCUUUGUACGACCUGGAUGGAGAUGGAAUGCUGUCCCUAGCUGAUGCCAUCAGCCUCUCCACUGAAGUGGUUCGACUUGAGAAGAUCUAUGGGGAGGAGAGUGCGGCAAUUCCAGUUUGUGAAGAGAUGCGCUGGCUCUAUGGCUUCAUCGCCAAUGCAGCAGAUGGGGGUCGCGAUGGUGGAAAGCUGGACUUGCAAGUCUUCAAGCAGCUGCGUCCAGAGCCCUCAAUCAUGCAAGCGAUGCUAGAGCGCCUGGACGAACUGGCAACAGUCGAGCGGCCACGACCAUCUAGACCAAAGAUAGGAAGUAUUGACACGUCGCAUUGAGGUUUCUUAGAAGCACUUCCGGGGGACCCAACCAGCUCAACC